GGAUAUGCAGAUGUCUCCACCCCCGCAGAGCCAGACAGAGCCCUACAGCUCUAGGACGCAAGCAGAGCACGGGGGAUCGGCGUGGGCCGGGAGCAAACGGGAUGUGGACUGGAUGGACGGAGAAGACGUUUACACCAUCUCCGAGGAGGAAGAGAACUUCCUGCAGCAGAACAAUCUCCCUCUGUCCUCCCUGCAGCAGCUGAAGGAGGCGUCUCUGAACUCUCGGGAUGGGAUGGCGAGUUUCGCUGACUUCCUCAGGGGGACGCUGGGAUUCCAUCUACUCCACUUUUGGAUGGACUGUGAACAGUUUAAAGAAGAGUCUGUAGACCUGGAGGUCAGUCAGAGCCCAGAGGAGGCCAGACACCGAUGUGUUCACCUGUUCAGGUCCAUCCAGAACAAGUAUCGCACCUACCUGAGCCCAGGCUGGCAGGAGCAGAUACGGCUUUCACAGCAGAAUUGGGGCCCCUCCUAUCAGGCUCUACGCAGGGCCCAGUAUGAUGCACUCAGACGUCUGCGAGCCUAUUGGAUCCCGCGAUUCCUCAUCCACCAGCAGAGGAGACUCAGGCACAGAGUGGAGAGAAGGAAGAAUCUGGAGGCCGUAACAAUGGAGAUCCCAGAUUUCGGAGAAUCCAUCCAAUAUUCAGAAAUCGGUAACAUUGCACCAUCUCCAGGGAGAAGAGGACAAGAAAAAGUUAUGUCCUCUGUGCCCAGCCAGCAGGAGGCGCUCUAUUCCCAGAGGAUGCCCAGUGAGUCUCUGUUGGACCGGAUGCUCCCAGUCUUGACCAACGACAGUGCAGCCGGAGGGCCCUUCAUCUAUUACCUGAAAAGGUUUGAGCCCCCGCAGUACACUCAGAUCUUCCUCCUCUGGCAGGAGCUCAGCGAGUACGGAGACGGAAGAUCGGACCAAUGGGAUGACAGAGAACCGCGUAGAGGGAACGGGCACAAUAUGGAGGUGUAUGUGCGCUCUGCUGUGCAAAAGGAUGAUACUGCAGGUUGUGGCCCUGGAGGGCGGCCAGAUGCUGCGCUUGGCCCAUCACACGUGACCCCGGAGGAGAUCCAGUCGUCAGAUUUUAUGUCUAUGUACCACCUGGUUCUGACGGCGCUGUGUGACCCCUGGCUGCGGUUCCUGAGCUAUGACAUCGCCACCUACCUAAAAUACUGCGCACCCGUUUCCUCCCAGCCCCAAGAGACGGACAGCUUGGAAAACCCAUCACCAAAGGCUGGGCAGAAAAGGGCAGGUAAAGAGAGCCAGCAAUGGGCAGCAAACUCUGAAGACACAAAGAAGGUCCGGAGACGGAAAGACUCUCUGAGGGUGGCCAAGGUCUUCUCCGAAGAUCCUGGUCAGCUGCCGUCGGAGCCCGAUACCUUGAUAGAGAUCCUACAGAACAGAACGGUGUACAAGGUGUACAGGAAAGUCGUACAAGAAACAGAGGAUCCCCAGACCUUGAGGGCUCUGGAAUUACUUCAUGCUCUACAGAGUGACAAAAGCGACCGAAAAGUGGUGGGAUUGGUACAGAAGGUUCUCGACCUGGACCUUUUUCACUUCCCACAUCUGCAGGGACUAAAGAAACGUUUAACCCAUGAGCUCUCCAAGGGUAAGAUUACCAAUUUGUCCAUAAAAGAAGUAACGUUGUUUCUCAGCUCGCUGUUGGAUCCAUCCUUCCAUAACUUCUGGAGUGAGAUGAAUGGCCGGUUAAAAGACUAUGGUGUGGAACAGCCGGGAGAUGAAGGGUGGGCAAGACUGGAGCCGAUUCUUCAAGUUCUCACCAGCAAGAUGGUCCUGAAGCGUCUUCAUGGUCGGAAGAACAACGGUGGCCACCAGGCACAGAUGCAGCCAACCGUAGAGGAUAUAAGUGCCUUCAACCGGGCGCUUCAGCUUGCUGCUGAGGGUUGGCCAACGCCCGAAGUUCUGCAUUUCUUGCGCUAUCUCCAGACGCAUGGCCCUGAAGAGAGAAUGCCGCUACUUGAGAAUAACUUACUCUGCUGCCUGGAGGUACAGAAAUAUAAGAAUGCCCACCAUGCCAUGCCAGACCGUGGCCUGCUGAAGAGAAAAGUGCAGGUGGUCAGGGAGAGAUUUCUCCCACCAGAUGGAAACUCUGUCCUGCAGGCUGCCCCGGAAAUCCUGGAGGUGGCGCUGAAAAACGUGGAGGCUGCUGCUCAGGCCGACCCGCCGCCAAUCUCCAUUUUCGACCACCUCCGCGAUUCGCUGUGUGACUCCUUGCUGCCGUUCUGGGCCGGAUUCCGGAAAGCGUGGCUGAUCCGCUCGUCGGAGAGCGCCAAGAAAGUCCCGAUGCUCCGCAUGCAGCAGAUGCUCCGGAAACGCUUGGCAUUGUUCCAGGUAGAAGAGAUACCGCUGAAAACCUUCCACCUUCCCCCUGUCCCGCACCCCCCAGAGAAAAGACCUCCAUCUGUACUGACCUUCAGCUUCAGCAUUACUAACGGCAUCACCCUAAAGGGGAAGAGUGAGGAGGGCAGAGAGUCGCCGACCCCCACCCCACCAGCCAGCAGAAAAAUUUCCCAGAUCGCUGUCUUGCCGCCAAUAAACCGAACUUCACCGGACCAGACACAACCUAACACCAGCAAAACCACAGCCAAACCGGAGAUGAUCUCUAGUCAAUAAUCUACGUUUAACUUUGUACACAGUGCCUUGAAAAAGUAUUCAUACCCCUUGACAUUUUCCACAUCUUUGUCAUGUUACAACCAA